AUGGAAGAUGAUGUUAGCAAUGAUAAUUUAUGCAAUUCAAAUACUCAACAACAUUUAAACAGUGAUUAUCGAACAACACCUGAUCAUCAUCAAUUAAAUGAUGAUGAAGAAUCAAAUCCAACAGAACAAAAUCCAAGUUUAUCACAUUUUGUAUCAUCAUCGAAUAGAUUUGAUGAUGAUGAAGAAGAUGAACCACUUUUAUUACGACAACGUAAUAGUCAAAAACAAAUACCAGUAAAUAAAAUUGAAAAUGAUUCAAAUAGUUCAGAUGAAUCUGAACACCAACAACAAAGAUUAAGUGAUUCAGAUGAAGAUGAAGAACCAAGUGAUGAAGAAGAUGAUGAUGACGAUGAUAAUGAUGAUGAAGAAGAAGAAGACGAUGAUGAUGAUGAAGAUGAUGAUGAUGAUGAUUUUGAUGAUAAAAGAAAGACACGAUCGAAAUCAAAACGAGGUUUUGGACAAGCUAAACCUAAAUCGAAAAAACAAUGUAAAGAAUUACUUCGACCAGUGAAAAAAUGGCUUAGUAGACUUGAUGCACCUGAAGAUGCAUUUGAUUCACAUGAUGAUUAUGCAAAAGAAUUUGAAAAAUGUUUAUUAACAAUUGGUGAUCAAAUAGAAACUGUUCUUAAAACAAAAACUGAUGAUGAUUAUCAAACAUAUCGUCAUCAUUUAUGGACAUUUGUUUCAAAAUUUACAACAAAAUUAACAGAUAGUCAAUUACGAAAAUAUUAUCGAACAUUUAUUAAAAAACGUAAUGAAGAAAGUUCAACAUCAAAUCAAACACAGAAAUCAUCUCAUCAUCAACAACAACCAUAUAAUCAAUAUUCACAAUCAAAUACAAAAAAUCGUCAAACAGAACAAGAUGAAACAUAUAGAAAAGCUGGUUGGGGAUCAUCAUCAUCAUCACAAUCAAAUAAUAAUAAUAAUAAUAAUAAUACUAAUAAUAAUAAUAAUAAUCGUAAUCCAAAAGAUUCUCGUCUUAAACAUUCAUUAACAAUGCCAUUAUCAAAAUCUUCAAGAUCUGAACAAUUAAAUAAUACAAUUGGUUCAACAAAUACAGGUACAACAUCAGAUUAUGAUGCACAUCAUCAUCAUCCUCAUCAAUUUGAUCGUAAUCGACAUCAUACAAGUGGAAAUAAUAAUCGAAGACCAUAUCAUGAAUCAACCGGUGAUUUAUCAUCCGAUUAUCGUAAUAAUUAUCAUCGAGAUCGAGACAAUAAUUCGUCUCGUGGACCUCGUCGUUAUGAUUCAAUGCCAUCGCGUUUUGAUCAAUCAUCUUAUAAUAAUCGUUCAUCAUAUCAAAGUAAUUUUUCUCAACCACCACCACCUUUUGAUGAAUCUCGAUCAUCAUCGAAUCGUUCAGGUGGAAAUAACAAUAUGAAUAAUAAUCGUUCAUCACAAAAUGCUCCACCGCCACCGCCACCACCACCACCUCUUCUUCCUCCACCACCUCCACCACCAUUAUCAACACCUGAGUUAUUUCAAUCAAUUUAUUUACAGUACUAUGAUAUGUAUAUGCAACAAGCUACUGGGCUUUCUUCAUCAUCUCAAUCGUCUACGACGAAUUCCAUUUCUCCGAACAGCUAUGCUGAUAUGGCUGCAAAUUAUGCUCGUCAACGUAUGCAGUCAUCGACAUCUCAAUCAUCAAAACAAUGA